UUACAAUUUGUUUGAACGGGUAGUACACACUUAAAUUGUAGGUUGAUAUUUAAAUGAUAUAUAUCCCACUAUAUUAAUUCAUAGUAUUGCGGUAACAUGGACAUAAGUUACUACAUUAUCUAUGCACUGCUGACAAACAAAGUCUCCGGAGAUUUUCUGUCUCAGCAGGUUGUGGGUGUAAUUGGACGUUCUACUAUCUUGCCAUGUUUCUUCAGUGAUAAUGGGAACAAACACACUGAUAUUAAUGUGCGUUGGAGACACAAUGGCACCCUGAAUGUGUGUGACAUAACUGAUGGCAAAUGUUCAGGAGAGCGCCAGGAGCCGGACUACAAGAACAGAGCUAAAGUUUUCCCUGAAGAGUUUGUGAAAGGAAACUUCUCCCUGAAACUCUCAAAUCUUACGGCCACUGAUGCAGGAGAAUACCAAUGCUUUAUUAUACAUUCAUCUGAACUUAUUAAAGUACAACUACUCUUAAACGAAUCAACAGCAGAUAAAGGAGACACAGCAGCAAAUAAAGAAGACACAACAGCAAAUAAAAGAGACCCAACAACAGAAACAACGCUCAUGUUGCAGAUAUUACUUCCUGUGUUUAUUGUUGGUUUCUUGCUGUUAGUUUGUUUCAUUAUAUUUAAAUAUUUGAAAAGGCGUUAUAAAACCUCUGGUUCAGGGGUGUCUGCUUAUGGAGGGCACCUUUUCGACAAUGGUUCCUGCCAACCAUUAUCAAUCACACCUGAACCAGCUAAUCAAAAUCAUCAGGAUUUCUCAGGGCUUCAGACUAACAUAUGAGUUGUGGCACUUUUACAAAUAAGUCUAAAGUUACUGUUUUAGUACAUUAUUUUUGGUGAGCUUCUUAAUUUUAUCCAUUACAGAAUUAUUACUGCUGAUCAAUUGAGAUCUGUCUGUAAAGAUCAUCUUCUGUGUGCCUGCUUGAGCUUUGCAGAGUUGUUCAUAUGCGUAAAACAACUUUGCAUAACUAAGAUUUUGCAUUUGUUCUCAUCACUUUAUGGGAUCUGUUAUUUGUAAAUUACAAGCAAGUUUGUUUUAUUAGAGUUGGGCCCAAAUAGCCCACCAGGAACAGGACUGGUAACACCUAAUGUCAACAAUUUCAAAUGUACAUUAACUUGAUUUUAGCAUUCUGUGUACUGUAGCAGGGAAGUAGUCGCAGGGCUUGGUGAUUUGUUGGCAGUUAGCCCUAAAUCCUGUUUUUGAGUUCGUAUUGACAAGUAAGGAAACUAGAGUUAAAAAAAAAUAAGUUUGGAAGGGGUGUGUUCACAUUUCAGUUAUGGUGCUGCAUUUCAAUAUUAACAAUUUGUUAUGCAACAGCAUUUAUAAUCAGUAAACAUAUUCAUUUAAUGACCUACAUUUCACGGUUUGCUGUUUGCAAAUUAAUAUUUGUAUAGUAUCUCUACAUUGUAUUUUUUUUGCCGAGUUACCAAAUAUAGUGCCACAGUUGCCUUGGUAAAAUAUAUCACAUAAUCUAACUUACUCUCCUAGUGAACUUCAUGAGCUAUCACUAAGCUUACAUAUUAUUCCUACUCAUUAAUGUAGCUUUGUAUACUGUGUUUAUUGUUGGUUAUUAAGGCAAGAUGUUAAAUGUUCUUUUAUUUUUAAGUUGCUUAUAAUAAGUUACUUCUAAAUAAAUAUAAAUGUAACUUUUCUGUUAUUUUAAAUCUUAAAGUAUUAUGCACUGACAGCUUUUUUAUUCUGUUGCUUUGUGUUCAACUUCUAAGACAAUCUUUAGUAUUUCUAGUAUUUUAUAAAAUUGAUAUUUCUGGUCCAAUAUAUAUUUUUUGGGUCUAGAUUUCUUAUUUACAUGAUGGCAAUAUUCUG